AUGAAAAGUAUUAAGAGCGGUGGAGGGAUUGUAGUGGAAAUAAAAAAGAUAUGGUUCCUAGCAUACGCGGUCCACGCAGUGAUAUUGGCAACGGAGAUAGAACGAAUGAAGGAAAUGAUGGGGAUGAUGGAAGGGUAUUUGGAAAGGAAUGGACUCCCACUGCCAGAGUCGCACACUUGCACGCAAGUGGAUAGGUUUUGGCAGGCGCAGACAAUGGCUUCUAGUUUGGAAUUUGAAAAGUGGAUGGAAGAAAAAGGGAGAUGGGACAAUACUUAUUACUAUUCUUUAGAUCUAAGCCAAACUUGCCGAUGUUUAAAGAAGGGCGUCUUGAAGAUUUACAUAAUCGAUAAAAAAGUCCCUAGGAUCAAUAGUUUAGUUAAUAAAAUGAAGGAGAAAAUUGACCACGUUGGAGGUAAAGAAACACUUAGAAGCGGUGUAAAUGUAUUAAACCUUUUUGUUAUUACGUUAGCGUGCCAAGAUGAACACGUUACAAAGAAGUCGAUAUCGUAUCACGUUAACGCGACCCUGAAAAAUUACAAAAGAAGUCGGCGUGAAGUGAAAACGACAAAUUCUAAUGCCGCUCAUUUUGCAACCGAAAAGAAAAUCACGACCGACAAUCCGUUUGUAGGAAGAAACAACGAUUCCGACUUUUCGUGGCUCGACGACGCUCUUAAAGAUAUUGCGUAUUACUUGAGGGCACAUAAAUUUAACGAAUACGAUAGGCGAUAUGAAGCGAACCCCAACUUAGCGCCUCGAGAUUAUUUCAAGGAAUUUCCUCGGCCACCUUUACGAACGCUUCAUUGGGAAGUUCAUAAAUUUUGCGAGCCAUCUUUUUUGAGCUGCGUCGAAUACUUAAAUCGCCAAAUUAGGCACGCAGGAUUGAAACGGCUGGAUGAUACCGCUGUUGUUAUACAGGAACAAGGAUGGAACUACGGCGAGCAUUCCGCACAGAUUUCUGCUGUGGAAAAGGAUUGUCGUAAAAUGCUGAAAAUUGAUGACGCUAGAGCGGAUCCAUUUCAGGGUCCUAUUGAGAGAUAUCAAUGGAGAACCACGGCAAGUUAUUACAUGUGUUGGUACACAAUGAAUGGUGUUCCCGAUUUAAUUCGGAUUAACGAGGAAUGUGACAAUUUCGCCAAUUGCUUGGAGCCAAAUUUUGGAGAGCACAAUAACGAUCAACGAGCCAACGAUUAUUUGCCAUACUCGUGCGCACUUUACAGUUUCUGUCCGGAUCCCUGCUGUCCGUUAAAGCACUUAAACAACUUCGAAAUGUGUUGGGAUAAUCAGGAGAACCCUUGUUUUCUAUACAAUUCGGCUGGUCAACGGCAAUGUUCUCUAAAUCGGUCACAAAAUGUAGACUUCGGAGAUAUCGUUUUGAAUCGAUGGAACGUGACUUGUCAAUGCUCUCACUCUGGGUAUGAAUGGAACUCGAAAUACGGAAUGUGCGUUGAUAUAGACGAAUGCUCGAGUGCUCUACACAAUUGUAACUCGGAGCGUGAAGCUUGUGUCAACCUUCCGGGUUCAUUUCGCUGUGCUUGUCGGUGGGGGUUUAUCUGGAAUGCCGACAAUAAAAUGUGUGAGCCGAGUUCAUCCUUAGAAAUUAUUAGAUUGAAUAAUAGAAAGGAAGAAAUUGUAUCGAAGGAUAAGAAAGCGUCGUCAAUUGUCAAAAGAUUGUUUAAUAUGUUUGUGCCCAGCUCCAGCAAACAAAUUACUGCUCUUCGAGUAUAA